GGUUUACAAAAGAGGUUUGAUCUUUCUCUGGAACAAGAUAUGAUAAUCGGAAGAAAGAUGCAGUCAUUGUCAAACAACUUCUUAGACAUAAUGUUCAAAUUGAAUGUGUCAGAAGACGUGUUGAUUCUGAGUAAAUUGAGGAACAUGUUUAUCAAUCGAGAACAUAUUCAUCAAUUUGUGGAAACAUACCAGCCUAAUCCCGAAAGAGUGAAUGAAAAAUCCUCAAGGUUGACCAGGAUGAAGCAUUCAGUUUUGGUAGAAAUUUGCAUGUACUUAUUGGAACUGUACAGAGCUUCAGAAAUCAGUGCAGUAUUUGAAAAAUACCGAAUUAGUGACAAGACUCCAGUAACUCUGAACUCUUACGAAGAAGAAGUUGAGUUUAUUAGAUUGAUUGGAGUAGAUCUCGAGAAACACAGACGAUCUAGAUCUGAAAGACAGAUAGCUUAAAAGAAGGUAAGAAAGAUGGUAUCUUUGCAAAUCUAGUUGUCAGUAAAACAGGAGAUAUAAUAACUCUUGAGUCGGGAGAGGUAAUUGGUGGACAAUUGGGAAACCAGAAAGCUACAAUUGAGUUCGAGGUAGUACAACCACCUCGCACA